GUAUCAGAUGCAGCUGGGUGACGUUGCAGCAAGAGUCAAUUGCUUCCAAUUUGCUCCAAGCUUGCCCUCUCUUGCUGUUCAAUCCUGGUUCCCAGUGGUGAACACUGCUUGUUAGUGUACUGCUGGCGGUCUCUUUCUUGCUAAACCACAACUGUCCACUUGUCAUGUUCACAUAGUGUUCCCUUCCAACAGCACGGUGACCGCGGGACUUGUCAGUCGCCAAAUCGGCAUCAAUAUGUCCUCUGCCAGUCCCCGGAAGUCGAUUGACAGCUUGGCCUCAGGCGCCUCCACUCCUUCUCUAUCUCAGCUCUCAUUUACACAGAUCGAAUCCCCUCGGAUCUCAUCACAAAGAUACCCCUUAAGGAGAGGAUCAACCGCAAGCUCGAUCGCAAGUAUUGGGGGAAUUCUGGAUCCCUCCAGCCGCCAUGGGUCUAUCGCUGAAUCUGGACAGAAUGCAAUCUCUACUCUCCUGCAGCCUCCGAUUGUCCGCACGGGUCUUGUGCCUCAUACCGCUGUUGGCACCGCCGGAUACAAACCUCCGACGACUCGUGACAUUCCUCCUGUUACCUUGACCAAUAUCCCACAUGUGGACUCUAAAGCGUUCGAAUCAUAUCUCUCUCAAGUUGGAUCGUUGUAUGAUGCCUUCCAGCAAGCCAAAGAAAGCAAUACAGAGCAGGAAUCGCAAUUAGUGCGGGCAGGGGGCAAGGCCUCACCGAAGCCGGAAGAUUCGGACUCUUUGGCUCCUGCAUCGCGGGAACGCCGACCGUCAACUCUAUCGAAUCACUCUCGAGCGACCUCUCCAUAUGAUACGCGGGGCAGGAGGCGGUCAUACGCUGGCCGUGGUCGGGGUCAAGCCGUUACUCCCUUGUCCACAAUCCCCACAGUAUAUUUCGAGGAUGACUUCCGUCUCGAGAAUCCGCGAACGUUUGAUGUGGUGUCGGAGAAGUCUGGAAUCAUAACUUCCAAAGACAAAUCGGAGAAUGGAGCCGCCGUGGAGUCAGCUGCCACGGGGAGGAAGGCCCUCGCUACGAAUGCUAUAUUGCAAGAAAAGCUUUCAUGGUACAUGGACACCGUGGAAAUUCACCUGAUCUCUUCUAUCUCCACGGCUUCUAAAUCUUUCUUUACCGCACUCGGGUCUUUGCGAGAGCUGCAUGCAGAAGCCGCCGACUCGGUGAAACGUAUCCAAGUCUUGCGGAAGGACCUACAGAAGAUUGACCGUGAGAUGGCUUUAGGAGGUCUCAAGAUUGUGAAUCUGCGGCGACGGAGGGAAAAUGUACGUAUGCUGGCGGAUGCCGUGGCACAGCUCCGCGAUGUGGUCGAGUCAGUUUCCCGAUGUGAAGCGCUUGUCGAGAAUGGUAACAUCGAGGAGGCUGCCGAUGGCCUUGAAGAGGUGGAGAAAUUGAUGACGGGGGAACAGGCUGCAAGUCUAUUAAAGACAAACGAAGAACAGCAACAUUCGAGGAGGACGGUCGACUUACGGCGACUGAAAGCGCUCGAAGGUGCGUCUGAGGACUUGGACCAACUGAGAUCUCGAAUUGGUAGCGGCUACGAGAGCCGUUUCUUAAGUGACCUUCUCGGCGACCUGAGACAGCACGUUGAGAAUGUACCGCUAGAUGCUACGCUACAGCGAUGGGGAUUCUCUUUCCAGCGACAACGCGGUGCACGCUCCGGCGCCGCGCAAUCUCCCGCUUAUAUGAAUUUUGAUGAGCAACUGCGGUCGAAACUGCGCAUGCAUCUCACUGGUCUUGCUCGUGUACGCCACACAACACCUGCAGCGACUUCCUUCAAGACAGCGGUUCUACGCGAGAUGAAGAGUCUUAUCCGCAAGCAUAUGCCCAGCUCCAGCGACGACGACAGUGAAUCAGUGGUGUCAGUGUCCACGCACAAAUCCCAACAGCUUAGUCAACAAGAAAAGUCGUCGAUCCUUGCGCGCAACCUCCGCGCCUUGGACGCUCAGGAUUCGUAUGAAAUGCUAGCCAAGGUAUACACUGGGAUCAGUGAAUCUUUGAGAAGACUCAGUGUUCAAGUCAAAGUUCUUCUGGAUAUCGCCAGUGGAUUGGGAAACCCUGUCUCGUUGGGUGUGCGGUCCGGUCCCCCAAGCCCAAACCCGCAAGGCCCGACGACUCCGGCCUUGGAAGCAGAGAGGACUGCGGCCCUCAUGGCGCAAGAUGAGAUUCUACAGGUUCUGGACAUGUCCAGUCUUCUUGGCCAAGCGGUUGACAUUGCUCAGUCUCAAGUUGUUAAGGUCCUGAAAGUUCGCUCGGAACAGACAUCUCAGUUACCGAUGGAAGACUUCCUCAAGUACUUUACACUGAACCGACUCUUUGCGGACGAAUGUGAGGCUAUCUCCGGUAGAGGCGGCGCCGCAUUGAAAACGGUUGUGGGAAAUCAAAUUCGAGAUUACAUCAACCGGUUUGGCGACAGCCAACGGCGCCGCAUUGUCGAAGUUAUGGAUUCUGACAAAUGGGACGCACGGGACUUCGGAGAGGAUGAGAACGCUAUCCUGGACCGGAUACUUAGCGCAAGUACGCGAGAUAUCGAGCUCUGGACAGAUGCAUCCAAAAUUUGGCUGUCCUCAAACGGACACCAGGAACCGAAACCUACAGCGCCGUUCAUAACCAAUGGUACGGGUAAGGAGAAGCUGCGGAGUGCGGUGAUCGACGAGCAGAAGUACAUUCUCACCGAAUCCGGGGUGGCGAUGAUGAGGAGCAUCGAAGAGUUCCAGUUCCUCAUGGCGAAUAUUCCCAGUAUGAUGCAGGACAUUGCACCCGGGCUUCUGGAGUCAUUGAAGCUGUUCAACUCUCGGUCUUCGCAGCUGAUCCUGGGUGCUGGCGCCACGAGAAGUGCGGGCCUAAAGAACAUCACCACGAAACACCUGGCUCUAUCCUCGCAGGCACUCAGCUUCAUCAUUGCGCUGGUUCCCUAUGUCCGCGAGUUUGUCCGCCGACACGCGCCCUCGAUUCCGCUGCUGGGCGAGUUCGACAAAGUGAAGCGGCUGUAUCAGGAGCACCAGAACGGCAUCCAUGAGAAACUGGUUGACAUCAUGGGGUCACGAUCUGCCAUCCACGUGAAUGCCAUGAAAAAGAUCGACUGGGAUGCUUCUGCUGGAUCCACCACUGUGAGCCCAUACAUGGAGACGCUGGCCAAGGAGACGGGCACCUUGCAUCGGGUGCUGAGCAAGCACCUUCCCGACAUGACCGUCAUGAUGAUCAUGGAUCCUGUGUUCAAGAGUUACCGCGAGCAGUGGACGAAAGCCUUUGACGAGGUCAAGGUGACUUCGGAGGCGGCCAAGCAACGGUUACAACGUGAUGCGGAGCACUUCCAAAGCAAGCUGAGCAAGAUCGACGGCUUUGGCGACCUGGGCCAGCGACUCUUGGAGCUGGUGCAACAGAAAAGCCUUGUCACGGAGCCACGCGAGUCCAGCCCGGUCGACGGAAGUUCAUCGAAGGGGUCGUCCGAGACCACUGACACUGGCCGGAGCCAGAAGUAGCUGUCUGGCUAGUCUAUACAUUCGUCUUGUAUCGAUCCCUCGGCUCAGGUCCCAUUGCUCAGUGUAUGGAGGCGUGAGGCUGUCUGACCUCAUUGACUGUUCGUUUAGCGUACAUAGAAGUGCAGUCGGGAGACAUACUUUCGCUUUCUCGAGCAGCAGCUCCAGUGAGCCAUUUCUUCUAUAUAUAUACUUAAUUCAUGCACC